UAGAUCACCAACUUGAUUAUACCUUGAAGUACCAACAACAAUAACAAUGGCAUCGUUGAAGUCGUUCAUUAAGGCAGUAAGAAAGGCCAAGACCAUUGCGGAUGAACGUGCGGUGGUUCGGAAGGAAUCUGCGUUAAUCCGGACCUCAUUCCGAGAUGCUGGACUUGAUCAAACAACUCGAAGAAUUAAUAUCUCCAAAUUACUAUACCUUUAUAUUAUGGGAGAAAAGACCCAUUUUGGACAAGUAGAAUGUUUGAAAUUAUUAGCAUCACCACGAUUUCUUGAUAAACGUUUAGGAUAUUUAGCAGCUAUGUUAUUAUUAGAUGAAAAUCAAGAAGUUUUAACAUUAUUAACUAAUUCUUUAGAUAAUGAUAUGCAACAUCCCAAUGCUUAUAUUGUUGGAUUAGCUUUAAGUUGUCUUGGGAAUAUUGCUUCACCCGAAUUGGCUCGUGAUUUAUAUACUAAUGUAGAAACUAUUAUGACAUCAAAUAAUGGAUAUUUAAAGAAGAAAGCAUGUAUUGUUGCAGCUAAAUUAGUUGAGAAAGAUCCGGAAUUAUCAGAAUUCUUUUUAAAUAAAAUUCCUCAAUUAAUUAAUGAUAAAUCUUCAAGUACUUUAUUAGGAGCUGUAAGAUUAAUGGAAUCAAUUUAUAUUAAUAAUGAAGAUGAUAGAUCUCAAUUAAUUAAAUAUAUUCCCAAGAUAAUUGGUCAUUUAAAAAGAGUUACAACUUCAGGUUAUAUGCCAGAUUAUGAUGUAGGAGGUGUUACAGAUCCAUUUUUACAAGUUAAUUUAUUAAGUUUAUUAAGAAUUUUAGCUAAUGGAGAUGGAAAUCAAACUUAUGCUGAAGAUAUUAAUGAUAUUUUAACGCAAGUAGCUUCUAAUUUAGAGAGUGGAAAGAAUUCUGCCAAUGCAGUUUUAUAUGAAUGUGUUAAAACUAUCUUUACUAUUCCAUCUGAUCAAUCAUUAAAGAUUUUGGGAGUUAAUUUAUUAGGAAAAUUCUUAUCUACUAAAGAUAAUAAUACAAGAUAUGUUGCUUUAGAUACUUUAUUAUCAGUUAUUAAUAUUGAACCAUUGGCUGUUCAAAGACAUAGAUCAACCAUCGUUAAUUGUCUUUCUGAUGGAGAUAUUUCUAUUAGAAGAAGAGCUUUAGAAUUAUCAUUUGCUAUAUUAAAUGAUCAAAAUAUAAGAGUAUUAGUUCGAGAGAUUUUAACCUUUUUAGAAACUUCUGGUGAUAAUGAAUUAAAAUCUUAUGUGACAUCUCAAUUAACUCUUGCUGCAAAUAAAUAUAGUCCUAAUGAUAAAUGGCAUUUUGAUACAUUAAUUAGAAUGUUAAAAGUUAGUGGGAAUUUUGUAACUUCUGAUAUUAUAUCUAAUAUUUUGGCAUUAAUUUUACAAUGUAAUGAUAUAGAAUUGAAAAGGCAUAUAAUCUCCAGUUUAUUAGGUGCUUGUCUUGAAGAUUCUACUCAAUUUGGAUUAUCAAUCAUUACUAUUUGGUCUAUUGGUGAAUAUGCUGAUUUAAUACUUAAUCAAACAGUAGAAAUUGGAGAAAAGAAAUCUAAAUUAAUUACUGAAAGUGUUAUUCUACAAUUAAUUGAUGAAUUAAUUAAUAAUACCACUUACUCUCAAGCUGAAACUACUCAAUUAAUUACUUAUAUCUUAACUGCUGUAAUUAAAUUAUCCAUUAAAUUCAAAGAUUCUCAAUCAAUUGAAUCACUAAGAUUAAUCUUAAACGCAAGAACUUAUGAUAAUAAUUUAGAAAUUCAAAUUAGAGCUCUUGAGUAUCAAGAAAUCUUUGCUCAAGAUACUCAAUUAAAGAAAGGUUUAUUAGCUAGAAUGCCUGCUCCUCCAUUGAAGGAACGUGAAUCACUUUCAUUACAUGCUACAGGAAGUGUUAAAAAAUCUACAUCUAUGGGUUCAGCUACUAAUGGUUCAGGACCUGCAGUUCCUCCUCUGACUGAUGAUUUAUUACUUGAUCUCUUGGACGAUAAUAACAGUACAUCUGCCACUAAUUCCACUAAUCAAAAUGAAUUACUUUCUGAUAUCUUUGGUAGCAAUACCAAACCUGCUCGUUCCAAUAAUGAUGCUAUCCUUGAUCUAUUCAAUACUCCAGCUUCUAAUGUAACUGCAAGUACGAGUACAACUUCUAAUUCAACGACAAUCCCAUCAAUUGAAGCAUACGCAAAUAGUCAUGUUCGCGUCUUGUUCACUCCUAAACUGUUCCCUCAGAAUGGUACAGCAGUUAUUGAGAGUAUAAUAGAAUCUCAUGAACUGUCAGCAAUACUUGAACAGGUUCAAUUACUUAUAGCUGUCCCCAAAUCACAGAAGUUAACCAUUACUUCAACCUCGGGAGACACUGUAAGUCCAGGACAAUCUAUAAAGCAAACAUUAAAACUUGUUGGUAAGGCAGGAGCUAAGAUUAAGUUGAGAGUUAAAGUUCGAUAUGGAAUUGCUGGGCUGGUAGUUGAUGAGCAAUUUGAUUUUGCUGGCUUUGAACAUACGUUAUAGUAUAUAUAAUGCUGAAUAGAUACACUACAUACACUGUAAUACUGACACAAUGUCACCAGCUACGCUCACUAAUGUAAUUACUAAUUUAACCCACUCGCUACUAUAUAACUUACUAUAUAACUUACUGUAUUACUCUCACUCACUAAUCACACCACUACAACUCUUUCGCAUCCUCACUACCCUCUCCCACAUUAUUUUAUUGUGUCUUCCCCCCAUCCCUGAAAAAGUAACUCUGGUAAAUUCUAAUGACCUUUGGUACCCCACCCCCUAUAAGCCUUUUGUUAGGGAUAAGUUCGCUAUUUUCUGUUUAAUACUCACUCACUAAUAUAUAUGGUUAGUUUCCCCUAUAAGCCAAUUGUAGCCAAUUGUAGUUAUGUAUUA